AUGUCGUCGGUUGGGACAUUCAUCGUCGUGUUUUUGGUCGUCGGAGUCCUCAGCUUUCUAAUCAUCCCAGUCGUGAUGGGAUACAUGACAACACGCAGGUUCACGCGCCGCUUCGAGAGUCUCGUGCGAGCGGGCCAUAUUGACCCUAUUCUCGUACGAACCGACGAUGGAGAAACACAAACCUCACGCGAGAAGACGACGCGGAAUGCCAAGGUGUCCGUGGCGUCGCUUUACGAGACGUGGAUAGACAUCCAAUCUAGACCGGUGGCACUUACGGCACCAGGAGAGUGUAUCGGAGAUGACUACGCCUACAAGCCCAUUUCGGUCUCCUUCAAGACACGCGAGCCUGAGACGCCGGUAUCAGUGCGCAAUGCAAUUCUGACGACGCGUGAACAGCGCAGAGAGGCCGCGAAGAUGCACGCAAACCUGCGCAUUGCAUUUCACCAGCACUCUCAGCAACUCGCCAUUACUCCCUCUGUCCCACUUUAUGUUCAACAUCGAAAUCUCGACGUGUUAUCGGAUACCAAGUCGGAGAAUACAUCCUCCCAAGCAAAGAACGGGGCAGCAUCCACGUCGGUGAAUCCGACUGCAACCGCGGCCACGGUGCGCAUGUGUGUGUUCAUCCUGAUGCCCUCUGCGGACAAUCCCAAAGUCCAGAAGAAGAGGGUGUCUACGUCUUCUUCUGGUCUAGCCGUUACGUCCGGGAUUUCCUCUGGGAUUCAGCGCACGUCGGAAACGAAAGAGGGUGUGCAAGAAGCCAAACCAAAAGUUGUUUGCGAAGGCGAGGUCAAUGAUAAUCGCUUACGGGAAGAAUUCGACGGAGAAGGCCGCUCACAACCUCCACCGUCUCAAGGGGAGCACAUUCUCCAAACCCAAACCCUGCUUCCAGCCGGCGGCGGUGGCGUUAUACCUACGCUGGCGAUGGGUGUCCUGACGAGUAAUCUCGAGGAUGUCUCGGAGAUUACCAAAUCGCACACAGAUUACACCAGUCCUUCUCUGGUGUCUCUUGAGCAUGACGAGGAGCCGUGGUAA